AUGUACAUAUUUAAACAUGAACACUUUGUAAUAUAAACAGUACUUGUGUUGAUGUGAGUAAUGAAGUGGGGAUAAAAUAUAUGUUUACUCUUCAGAAUAUAAAUAAUUAAAAUAUCUUCCAUAUUGUGUCAGCUUUUAGAAUCAGAGACGAGACGCUGCCGUGUGUGUGUGUGUGUGUGUGUGUGUGUGUGUGUGUGUGUGUGUGUGUGUGUGUGUGUGUGUGUGUGAUACUUCAGCAUCAAAUCCUCAGGCUCUUAUCUGCCUCGGGGGAGGAAUUCAACCUGCUCUUAUUCAAAUCAACCCCCCACACACACACUUAUGCAUGUAAAUGUGUGUGUGUUUGUGUCUGAGAGACAGCACAGCAGCCAAUCAGUCUGUCUGUGGGCGGGGCUUAAGUCAGAGGUAGAAUAUAAGUUGUUCAGGUGAGUGGGACAGGUGCAGGCUGACACACACACACACACACUGAGCUGCAGCAGAGGACGUCACCACACACACACACGUUUGUGUCGAGAGACAGGAAGCAGAAGAAACAAGCAUGGCGUCCUUCGUCCCGGAGCGGGGCCUGUCCCCGCCCCAGCAGCAGCUCCCCUCUCUGGGCCUCGACCCGUCUGACUUCAGCCUGUACAGCCCUCCGGCCCCCCCGGAGGCUUCGCUGUGGCUCCCGCCGGCCAGCGCCCCCUACCUCUGCUUCACUGGCCCGGACCUGGCCCCCCCCCCAGGACCCCCAGCAUUCUUCCCUCUGCACAGCCUGCAGAGCAGCCCCUGGUUCUCCCUGUCCACCCCUGACGCCGUGCUCCGCCUGGUGCGUCCUCCGUACUCGUACUCGGCGCUCAUCGCCAUGGCCAUCCAGAGCGCACCGGAGCAGCGGCUCACACUCAGCCAGAUCUACCGCUACGUGUGCGACCACUUCCCCUUCUACAGCCGCAACAAGGCGGGCUGGCAGAACUCCAUCCGCCACAACCUGUCGCUCAACGACUGCUUCCGGAAGGUUUCCCGCCAUGAGGGCGACCCGGGUAAAGGAAACUACUGGACUUUGGAUCCAAACUGUCAGAAGAUGUUCGACAACGGAAACUUCCGCUGCAGGAGGAAGAGGAAGGCGGACAACAUGAAGCCUUCGUCCUCUUCUUCCUCUUCUUCCUCGUCAGAGUCUGGCCCUAAACUUCCCAGCAUGCACUGCAGCAGCGGCACUGCUCUGUCAGACGCCCCCUCCGGCCUCAACAGCUUCCUGUGUCACCUGCAGGACUCCCUCCUCCCCCCUCUCCACCCUCACGGCAGCUCCCCCCCGCUGUACCUGCAGGUACCGGAGCACACUUACUCGCCCGGUGCCGUGGUGCCGCAGUGGGACGCCUGCAGCUCCUCCCCCCCCCUCUACUCGUCCCUCCAUCACUCCUCCCCUCCUCCUACUCUCCUCCCCUCCUCCCACUCGACUCGCCCUCACUCCUCCUCCCUCGCCGACCCCCAGGGCGACCCCCAGGCCGACCCUCAGGCCGAACUGCAGGAGCUGCUGCAGGCCUGCGGGCCUCUGUUCUCCGCCGCGCUGGACUCUCUGCUCCUGCAGUGACACAGAUCUUUAUUUAACUCAGAGCUGUGGGAACGUUUCUAUUUAAA